GAAGUUCAUUGAUUGACGUAAGUGGUCGGCAGACGGCAGUAGAUCUCGAGGACUGAGCCCGAGCCACGAACCCGCUUACUUCAGUCGCUCGGCGCUUCGCCCGCUACCAGUCGUCAGUCGCCGCGGUCUCACCGACUCCGCUUCUUGACACACGCACUAUCGAUCGCUUCAUUCAUAAUGUUUUGAAGUAUCCACAAAACAAACCGGCCUUUUUGGUGCUACGCUGUUAACGUAAAACAUGUUAGUUAAAAGACAAUAAAUAUAUUUAUUAACAUUUUUAAAUCUAAGUGUUAAAUUAUUGACCAUUUUUGAACAGUAUUAUUUCUGAGUUUUUGUUAUAAGUGAAAAUAAAUUUCAACAUGAAGGACAAGAAGAAGAGUGAUGGAGCCCACGAGGCUAUGCUUGGCGAGGGCCAAGUCCCUCAAAUCGUCAGCAAAGAGACAAAAAAAGCUGAUGAAUAUGAAGCCCUGCAGAGUUUCCUUCGCAGCAUCAGCUCCACAGCCACAUUACCACCCUACGUGAAGGGAGAAACUUAUUCUUCGACACGAGGUGUAUUCAACCAGUGCCUCAUAACAUGUGCCGUCCUGAUUUUGGCCGCGGGCGCUGGUCACCCUAUCGGCUUCUCUGCAGUCGCGUUACCACAGCUCAGAAUUGAGAACAGUACUAUGAGAAUAGAUGAUGAAAUGGGAUCAUGGAUCGCAAGUAUUCACUCAGCUGCCACACCGCUGGGGUCCAUGUUGUCAGGACCUAUCAUGGAGGCUAUAGGCAGAAAGCGCACGUUACAGACGUGUACACUGCCCCUCAUCAUUGGCUGGAUCAUUAUAGGCACGGCCUCUCAUCACGCUCUGCUUCUGUUGGGCAGAAUCGUAUGCGGAUUCGCUGUCGGCAUAAUGGCGGCGCCUUCACAGGUGUAUUUAGGAGAAAUUUCUGAACCAAGACUGAGAGGGUUACUGAUAGGCACGCCGUUCGUGGCAUACUCGCUCGGAGUGCUGUACGUGUACGCGCUGGGAGGAGCCCUGCCGUGGAGAUCAGUGGCACAUCUGUCCACAGUACUGCCAGCCCUCGCCUUCAUCGCGCUGUGUCUCUCACCAGAAAGCCCCACAUGGCUUGCCCGCCGAGGACGAUUCCAUGACGCCAUGGCCGCCAUGGCACGCCUGCGCGGAGACCAUGACACUGCCCAAAGAGAACUACACGAACUGAUCUCAGCUCGGGAGAAAGAAAAGGCGCGCGGUGAAGAAAAGAUAAAGUUCCUAGAAACUGUCACUAGAGCACCAGUGCUGAAACCACUGCUUUUGAUCAACGCAUUUAACAUACUGCAGAUUUUGUCUGGAAGCUACGUUGUCAUCUUUUAUGCCGUGGACAUUGUGAAGGACUCCGGUGGUGCUCUGCAACCUACCAUGGCAGCUAACGCAAGUGCCUUGGUGCGGCUCGGCGUCACCGUAGUGGCGUGCAUCCUCCUGCUGCGCAUCACACGUCGUGCCCUGGUGCUGGUCUCCGGUAUAGGCACAGCCGCGUGUACCCUCGCUCUGUCCUUCCUGCUCUCCCAAGGCCCCGGCUCAGGGAUCACACCGCCAGUCCUCAUCCUCGGCUACGUCGCCUUCAACACCCUCGGAUUCUUCCUACUCCCCGGACUCAUGAUUGGAGAACUACUCCCCACCAAGGUCCGAGGACUGUGCGGCGGCUACAUCUUCUGCCUCUUCAACUCAGUACUAUUCGGAUUCACCAAACUCUACCCAGUGAUGAAGAACGCUAUAGGAAUCGCGGGAGUGUUUGGACUCUUCGGAGCAUCCUCUCUACUCGCUACUAUAGUUCUAUUCCUGCUCCUACCAGAGACGAAGGGCAAGUCUCUCUUACAAAUAGAACAGUAUUACCAAAAACCCAACAUAUUGUGGAUCUCUCGCAAGAAAAUGACGACAGAAAGCCAAAGGGUCUGAAGGAAUUGUAUGUUGUACUUAAGCAAGUGUUCAACGUCGACUACUAGUUACAUAGGACGUAAUGUUGGAUAUACACGCAACGCAACAAUACUAUGUAGGUAUAUCUAAUAGUGCUGUAGAUAAAAUGACAAAAUCUCAAUAGAUACCUCAUAUUUCAACAUAUUGUCGCACUCGAUGGAGCUGUUCGUAAUCUGUGAUAAAAGACUAAUUUCUUUAGCACUCAUGAAAGUAAUAAACGCAGGCCUUACUUUAAUGAUUAUGUAUUUAAAUGUACCCAACUGCUUUACAAGGCGCAAAAUGUAAUUCGCUAUAAGCAAAGAUUUAUUAAAUGUGAAAAAUACUAUAUUUUAUAAUUUAUCAUGUACAUGAAGAAAUGCUGUUUUAUACCACUGUUACAAGUAACGCUACUGUAAAGUGAUAUUUUAAUGUGUAUUUACUAAUAUAGUAAGUUGACAGGUGCCUAAAAGGCGCAUACCUAAUAGGUAUGUAAAUUAUCACAAUAAAAAAAACAAUAACAAAAAACGAGUAGCGCUAAGAAACUCUCACUAACACGGUUAUUCCGUAAAUACAAAACGAUUGCCUUUUAUAUAAUAUUUUUUAUAAAUAUAAAAAUGAUGAAUUAAAACCAAAAAUAACCGCGGUUGGUAUUAAAUACCAUUGUACUAUUACAAUGAGAUUUUUAUCUGUGAUUUAUAUAAAUGACCGCUUAAGAGAUGUACUCGCAGAAGUUUAUUUAGGGAUAGAAAUAAAAUAUUUAUGUACUUAUCAAUGUAUAGACAAGGUAUUUAAUAUGUAUCGUAACGUACAAUAAUUAACACCAUAAACUAGGUAUAUUGAACAUUUUAAAUCCUUUUCAUUGUCUAGGUUGUUACAAAAUUGACCUAAAAUCGCUUUUUAUGAGAGCGAAGCUUGUAUGUACCAAUAAUAUGUAUUUAAAUUAGUAAAUGUAUUAUGUGGCAAUAUGUAUAUUAUUAAACACUGCUAUAUAACUAAUCCUGUAAAACAUAAGCGAAAUAUAUAAUAGUAGGUAACGUGAAAGUAACUAAGGAGAUGAACUAUUGCUACUUGCAUUUAGUAUGUAGUAUGUUACUCAAACGAACUAUUUUGUCUCCAAAAUACCUGUGAAAAUUGUAAUUUAUAAUUUUAAGAGCAGUUAUUUUUGUAUUGCCACGGAAAAUUCCAAAUUGUGAUAUAAAUAAACCAAUUAAAAUUA